AUGGAGCCCAGGCUGCUGUGCUGGGCCACUUGCUUGCUUCUGGCCGGGUGGUGCCUGCCGGUGCUGCCCUGCCCCGGCCGGUGCCUUUGCUUUAGGAGCACCGUCCGCUGCAUGCACUUGAUGCUGGACCACAUUCCUCAGGUACCACCGCAGACCACAGUACUAGACUUGAGAUUUAACAGAAUAAGAGAAAUUCCAGGGAGUGCCUUCAAGAAACUCAAGAAUUUGAACACUCUUCUCCUGAACAACAACCAAAUCAGAAAGAUUUCCAGAAAUGCUUUUGAAGGACUUGAAAAUUUGCUAUAUCUGUACCUGUACAAGAAUGAAAUUCAUGCACUAGAUAAGCAAACAUUUAAAGGACUCAUAUCCUUGGAACAGCUGUAUAUUCAUUUCAACCAACUGGAAACGCUAGAGCCAGAGACCUUUGGCGACCUUCUGAAAUUAGAGCGACUAUUUUUGCAUAACAACAAAUUAUCUAGAAUCCCAGCUGGGAGCUUUUCUCAUCUGGAUUCAUUAAAAAGACUGCGUCUGGAUUCCAAUGCUCUCCUUUGUGACUGUGACUUAAUGUGGCUGGGGGAACUUCUGCAAAGCUAUGUCCAAAAUGGCCAAACACAGGCUGCUGCUACAUGCGAACUUCCCAGAAGACUCUAUGGGCGCUCUGUCGCUUCCAUUACAGUAGAGGAAUUCAAUUGUGAAAGUCCCCGAAUAACUUUUGAGCCUCAAGAUGUGGAGGUGACAUCAGGAAAUACUGUCUACUUCACUUGCCGGGCUGAAGGAAACCCCAAACCUAAGAUUAUUUGGAUCCAUAACAACCAUUCACUGGAUUUGGAAGAUGAUGCUCGACUUAACAUGUUUGAUGAUGGGACACUCAUGAUCCGAAACACCAGAGAGUCAGACCAAGGAAUCUAUCAGUGCAUGGCCAGAAACUCCGCUGGGGAGGUCACGACGCAGAAUGCCAUGCUCAGAUAUUCCAGUCUUCCGGCCAAACCUAGUUUUGUGAUCCAGCCACAGGACACAGAGGUUUUAAUUGGCUCCAGCACGACUUUGGAGUGUAUGGCCACAGGCCACCCACACCCCCAUAUUACUUGGACCAGGGACAAUGGAGAGGCACUGGAUGGAUCCAGGCACGUGGCGACUUCUGGGGGCCUUUUCCUACAGAACAUCACACUGCAGGAUCACGGGCGAUUUACCUGUCAUGCCAGCAAUAACCAAGGCUCUGCUCAAGCUGAAGCAAACAUAAUUGUACAAGUGCCUCCACAAUUUACGGUAAGGCCCAAGGAUCAAGUGGUGCUGGAAGAACACACUGUGGAAUUUCCCUGUGAAGCAGAAGGCCGCCCACCUCCAGUCACUGUGUGGACAAAAGCAGGAGGACAGCUCCCUCCGGAAGGCCGGCACAUGGUUCUCUCCUCUGGCACUUUGAGAAUUGAUCACGCAGCCCAGCAUGAUGAUGGCCAGUAUGAAUGUCAAGCAGUUAGUCCACUGGGGGUGAAAAAAGUGUCUGUCCAGCUGACUGUAAAACCCAAAGCUCUCCCAGUGUUUACUGCACUUCCUCAGGAUACAAGUGUAGAGGUUGGAAAGAACGUAAACAUUUCAUGUCAUGCUCAAGGAGAACCACAGCCCCUGAUUACUUGGAAUAAGGCAGGUGUACAGAUUACUGAGAGCGGGAAAUUCCAUAUCGACGGUGAAGGCACACUGAGCGUCUAUGACGCAGGGCAGGCUGACCAAGGAACAUACGAAUGUGUGGCUCGGAAUUCAUUUGGCCUUGCGGUGGCCAGCGUGUUUCUUACAGUCACUGCAACACAGGACAGACAAGCUGGCGAUGCCUUUGUUGAGUCUUCCAUUCUUGCUGCUGUGCAGAGGGUUGACAGUGCAAUUAACUCCACACGAAGACAUUUGUUUUCACAAAAACCUCGCACCCCCAGUGAUCUGCUGACUCAGUUCCGUUUCCCGAGUGACCCGUUCACUGUGCAGACAGCAAGAGCGGGGGAGAUUUUUGAGCACACGCUGCAGCUGAUCCGGGAACGUGUGGAGCAGGGGCUUACUGUCAAUGCGGAAGGCAGAGAAUUCCGCUACAAUGACCUGGUGUCCCCGCGCUACCUCCGCCUCAUCGCCAAUUUAUCUGGAUGCACAGCCCACAGGCCUCCUCCAAACUGCUCGGACCUGUGUUUCCACGGGAAGUACCGCGCCCCCGACGGCUCGUGCAACAACCUGCAGCACCCGGCGUGGGGCGCGGCGCUGACUGCCUUCGCGCGCCUGCUGCAGCCCGCCUACGAGGACGGCGUCAGCGCGCCCCGCGGGGCCGGCCGCCACCGCGCCGCCCGCCGGGCCCCGCUUCCCCCGCCCCGGCUGCUGUCCGCGGAGCUGCUGCGCACGGCGGCCGCCACCCCCGACCGCAGACACACGCACAUGCUCGUGCAGUGGGGCCAGUUCCUAGGCCACGACCUGGCCCACGCGGUGCCCGCGCUGAGCACGGCCGGCUUCAGGGACGGGCGGCCGUGCAGCCCCGCGUGCACUGACGACCCUCCCUGCUUCCCCAUCGCCGUUCCGCACGCCCACGCCGGGGGCUCCCACGCGCCCUGCCUGUUCUUCGCACGCUCCAGCCCUGUGUGCAGCGGCGGCACGACCUCCUCGAAGAUGGAUUCGGUCUACGCCCGAGAGCAGGUCAACCAGUGCACGGCCUACAUCGACGCCUCCAACAUUUACGGGAGCUCGGAGCGGGAAUCCCAGGCCCUCAGAGACCCCUCGGUGCCCCGGGGGCUGCUGAGGACAGGCUUGCCUUGGUCCCCCUCCGGGAAGCACUUACUGCCCUUUUCUCCAGGCCCACGCUCCGAGUGCCCGAGGCAUGAACAGGACAGCCCCAGCCCCUGUUUCCUGGCCGGGGACCACCGGGCCAACGCGCACCUGGCUCUGACGGCCAUGCACACUCUGUGGUUCCGCGAGCACAACAGGGUGGCCUCGGAGCUGUCCGCCCUGAACCCGCACUGGGAUGGAGACACGCUUUACCAGGAAGCCAGGAAGAUCGUGGGCGCCGAGCUGCAGCACGUCACCUACAGCCACUGGCUGCCCAAGAUCCUCGGGGACCGCGGCAUGAAGAUGCUGAAGGGGUACCAGGGCUACGACCCCAAUGUGAACACGGGGAUCCUCAACUCUUUUGCCACCGCAGCCUUUAGAUUUGGCCACACAUCAAACAAUCCCAUUCUUUACCGACUGAAUGCCACCUUCGGCGAAAUUCCCGAGGGCCACCUUCCACUCCACAAGGCUUUCUUUUCACCGUCCACAAUAAUCAAGGAAGGCGGGAUAGACCCACUGCUCCGGGGGCUUUUCGGCGUGGCUGCUCAGCUGCCGGUGCCCUCUCGACUUCUCAGCCUGGAGCUGACGGAGAAGCUGUUCUCCACGGCCCAUUCUGUGGCCCUGGAUUUAGCUGCCACCGACAUUCAAAGGGGUCGAGACCACGGGAUACCGCCGUACGUCGACUUCAGAGUGUUUUGUAAUUUGACUUCUGUUGAGAACUUUGAGGAUCUUCAAAAUGAAAUUAAAGAUUCAGGGAUUAGACAAAAACUGAAAAAGUUGUACGGCUCUCCAGGCGACAUCGACCUCUGGCCUGCCCUAAUGGUUGAAGACCUGAUCCCCGGUACAAGAGUGGGACCGACACUUAUGUGCCUCUUUGUUACCCAGUUUCAGCGGCUAAGAGAUGGAGAUAGGUUUUGGUAUGAAAACCCCGGAGUGUUUACCCCCGCACAACUCACCCAGCUGAAACAGGCGUCAUUGGGCCGUGUGCUUUGUGACAACGGUGACAACAUUCAGCACGUCCAGGCUGACGUCUUUGUAAAGGCAGAAUACCCACAGGAUUACCUGAGCUGCAGUGAGAUACCAAAGAUUGAUUUGCAAGUGUGGCAAGACUGCUGUGAAGGCUGUAGGAGCAGAGGACAGUUCAGAGCAUUCCCAGCACAAUCUCGGAGGAAACGCUCUGCUCGGUACAGCUAUCCCAACAAGGAAGACGUGGACUUGAGUGAUCUGAUAAGUAGGCAACAAGAUAACUUGGAUGCAGAUGAAGAUUCUAGAAAUCUGACGCUUCUGGCAGAAACAAAUUUUGCCCAGGAUUUCAGCAAUUUUGCAUUGGAAAUUCAGAAAACCAUCUCAGGGCUCAGAGAGCAGAUCGCCCAGCUGGAGGCGCGCCUGAGGCGGGCGGGCUGCACGGAUGGCGCGGGUGUCCCCAGGAAAGCGGGGGAGCGCUGGCAGAAGGACUGCGCCACCUGCGUCUGCGAGAGUGGCCAGGUCACAUGUGUGGUGGAGGCUUGCCCCCCGGCUCCGUGUUCCAGUCCUGAAUAUGUGAAAGGAACCUGUUGUCCAGUUUGCAGAGAUGGAGGAAUGCCAGCCGAUUCCCCAGAGAAACACUAG